CCGGCCCGCUCGCCCGCCGCGGCAGCCAUGGGACCGCGGGAGCCGCGCCACCGGCUGGAGGCGGUGCUCGGCGCCCUCUACGACCUGGGUGAGGAGCCCGGCGGCGGCCGGCGCGCUGCAGAGGACGGCGAAGCGAGAGCUGUGCCGCCGACAGUGGAGGAAGAAGAGGAGGAGCAAGAGGAGAGACGGGAGCCUCAGCCGGCGGCGGGCGGGCGGCGCGGCGCCCGCGGCUUCUUCGGGGAGCUGCGGGCCGAGCUGAGCGCCGCCGGCCCUGCCCCGCCGGCCCCCGCCGGCCCGCCCGCCGUGGAGGUGGUGGUGUUCCGCGGGAGGAAGAGGAAGGAGCGGCACGGCCCCUCGGCAGCGCCCGCCGGCACAGCACAGACCCAAAUAGUGAAUGAAGAGAAAAAUGCAGUCAGACAAGAAUUUAACUUUGAAAAGGCUCGCCUGGAAGUGCACAAGUUUGGAAUCACUGGCUACAAGAAGCAGGAGCAACGUGUUUGGGAACGGGAGCGUGCUAUCAUGCUGGGAGCCAAGCCCCCCAAAAAGGCACAUAUGAACUACAGGACUUACCAAGAGAAACUGAAAGAGAAAAAAGCAGUGAAAGAUGCUGAUAAGGAAAAGGAACAUAAAAGUGAUUCUCUUAAGAAGAAGAAGCAGAAAGAACAGAAGGAGAGGAAGGCCAAGAGGAAGAAAUCAGUGCCUAGCAUUUGGCCUGCAGGACAAGUUGGAAAAUUCAGAAAUGGGACCUUGAUUCUGCAAAGCCGUGACAUAAAGAAAAUUAAAUCAUCUAAAGUUAGCAAAUGAACUUCAUGAUACAGAAGGAAAUGGACAAUAUGCAUAAGAGAAUUCACGUUGCUACCAACACAGACUUCUGGGGCCUUUUGUGUAUCCACCAUAUCCUAAUUUUUUAAUCUUAUUUGUUAUUGCAGGAUUUUUAUGUAAUAUUCUGCCGUGGGAUGGAUAUUAGAAUUUACUAUUUUAUAAAUAAAGAUUAGAGUUCUUAUUAAGAAGGUUAUACAGGCUAUUUUUAUUAGUCAAUAUGUGCUAAAAAAGCCCUUUUUUUGUAGAAUCAGCUUAUUGGCUGUAAGUAAAAUAGUCAUUUAAUCCAUAAAUUAAUGGAUUAAUAUAAAUAUAUCUUUCAUAUGGAAGGAAUUUGGAAAAAGCAAUAUCUUACUCACUCUGAACUGGAAGUAGGUGUUCUCCAAACAUUUAUUGGACAUAAAUCUGUUUCUGUAUCCUUAUAGAUUAUUAGUGGAUAGUGGAACUGCACAAUAAUUUUUUUGUCCAGCAAAACCUCUUAAUGGUCAAAAUUACCUGCUUUGGAAUGAAAAUAAUACUUUUCUGAAGUUUUGUCCCGGGCAAGAAUUACACACUCAUCUUGUAUAACUCUGUAGAGAUCUCCAAAUAAGCACUUUGAAAUAGUGGUUUGGUGGCUUGGUUGUUUGAUUUUUAAAAACAAAACCAUGUAAGACUGAGCCAAAUGAGCAUGGACACUCAAAAGCUACUGGUUGUUCCAGUUAACUCAUGUUUGAUUUGAUUCCAUGCUUCUUAAGGCCUUUCUAUGAAAUCUUUACCAAAACUGCCUUUUGGUGCUAUGUGGAUUUCAGCAGUCUGGUGUUUCUGGAACAACACUGAUUGUUUUCUGUAGCUAAAUACUUAAUUUUGUUACUUUUAAGGCCCAACCAUUAGAAAUGGCAAUUGUUAGUAACACUUCCAAAAUGAAAGUUGAGUAUUUUAGAGGGAGACAAAGAUAAGGAUAACUUAGAUGACAGAAUUUGUUGUGUGUUGUAAGGAGAUGUGGAGCUUAUUGGAACAGCUCUAGCAGUGAAGGAUGUGUACAUGGUAAGGAAAACAGCCCUUACAGCAGGAACUUGUUCUAGGUGUUCUGGUACCCCUGUGGGCUGGGAGCCUGAGCAAGGUGAUCCCUGACCCGAAGUCUGUGUCUUGCCAGGCUUGCAGCACCAUUGGAGCUGCCCCUCCCAGGAUGGGAAAGUGUUCUGGGGUAGGGAGAGCCACAGUGUGGACAGGGAUGCUUUCUGGCACGCAGCUUCCCCCACACCUUCCACCUUCCUUUGCUCUGCCAGCACUGAGAGCACCAAGAGGAGGGAAAGGGCUUGGAGGGAUCAAGUGCCAGAGAGCAAGCAGAAGGGAGUGUUUCUGGACCCAUGUAGGAACAGAAGGGGUGUGCAGAGUUUGGUUGCUAAAUGCUGUUAUCACAUUUCCUAAUUGCAUAAUUUGAUUUCUUACUCAGUAUUGGUUGCAGAUUCAAACUAGAAUUAAGAUUCCUGUCUGGUUACAGACUUAAUGACUUAUUUGACAUUAGGGAAAUGUCAAAUCACAAUGGUGUGUGAAGGUGUAACCACUAAGAAUUUAGUACAGAGCAUCAAGACUUGUUGAGGCAACAGCUGUUGCUUUGGAUGUUGUAAGAUAACCUGUAUUUUACAAUUCAUGGUUAAUCCUUGAGCUUAGUUUUUACUGCUCACUUCAUGAUAAAGUUUUGUUCAUCUCACUUGGCAUAUAAUGUGGGACUUCAUAUGUUCUCCAUCAGCUUUGGUAAGUUAAAAUGUUCACUUUCCACCUCCACAGCUCCCAAAAGCUACUUGGGAGUGAAACUUGGUCAGAAUGGAGUGUAACUUUUGCAGUUGAGCUUGUAAGAUCUGUAAAAAGUUGAAAAAAAAUUAGUUCUUAAAUUAAAAAGUUGAAAACUGAAAUGCCAAGUCAACAGUGGAAUGUGAAAGCUUUUGGGGAAAACGAAAAGUUUAUUCGAAGUUUUGCACUUUCACACUUAAUGUGUGUAUGCAUUAUGAAAGGCUUCUGUUACAUGGAGAUAGGUUUGCUUUUUCAUAUCAUGUCCCAAGUUGUUUCGAGGUGUUCUGUAAGCAAUAUGAGCCAGAGCUAGCAGAGCAGGGCUGACAAAGAGAGGUGUUCCAGGCCACUGAAUCAGGGUAUGGCUGAAGCUGAGGCACAGAUGGUUGCUCCAAGGAAGGACAGUCUUGGCUUUCUCCAUUAACUGGAUUAUUCUUGACUGUAAGUAACAAAGCAGUAUCAACAGUAGGAGAUAGGCAUGCAAACUGCAUGAAUGCCUCAUCUAUGUAAUCAUAAUCUGUAAAAAUAAAUAGGGUACUGAUGCUGGA